AAUCAAUACUAUGACAAAAUAACAAGUAAAAAGUAUAGGGGCGCGUCCAGACUCUUACCCGAGUACUCCCCAGGUAUCAUAUUAUCCUUAUUUAACGAUAAAAUAAAACAAGAAUAAAAUCAUACCUGAGUAGCGGAGUUUUACCGUAUCAUUCGGGUGAGAAUAUGAACAUAGCCCAGGUAGUUGGACAGUCACCAAGGAGAACUCAACAGUCGCCUGUUUCUGUUUAAAUGACAUCUUAGGCAAGUCCGCGAUCUCCUCGUUUUUCAUCCAUCAAUUUUUUUUUAAGUACUAAUUUCUAACACAAUUAUUAGAAAAAUUAUUAUUGAAUUUCAUACAAUUAUUUUGUUUUAAAAUUCUACGAUACUUAAUACAAAAUGCGUGAAAUUGUUCACAUUCAAGCCGGUCAAUGCGGCAAUCAAAUUGGCGCCAAGUUUUGGGAGGUGAUUUCUGAUGAACAUGGCAUCGAUCCUACGGGCACCUAUCAUGGAGAUUCAGAUCUUCAGUUGGAACGGAUCAACGUUUAUUACAAUGAAGCCUCCGGUCCAAAAUACGUACCGCGUGCGAUUUUGGUAGAUCUCGAACCCGGCACGAUGGAUUCUGUGCGUUCGGCAUCCUUCGGACAGAUAUUCCGACCAGACAACUUUGUGUUUGGCCAGUCGGGGGCUGGCAACAACUGGGCCAAGGGUCAUUAUACCGAGGGUGCUGAACUAGUGGACUCGGUGCUCGAUGUAGUGAGGAAGGAAGCCGAAAAUUGUGACUGCUUGCAGGGAUUUCAGCUCACACACUCCUUGGGGGGUGGUACCGGAUCUGGAAUGGGCACUCUGCUUAUCUCGAAAAUACGAGAAGAGUAUCCAGAUAGAAUUAUGAGCACCUUUUCCGUGGUACCAUCUCCCAAAGUUUCUGAUACUGUAGUGGAACCUUAUAAUGCUACCCUGUCGGUUCAUCAACUGGUAGAGAACUGUGAUCAAGCUUAUUGUAUCGACAACGAAGCACUCUACGAUAUCUGCUUCCGUACUUUGAAGCUGACUACUCCGACAUAUGGUGAUUUGAAUCAUCUCGUGUCAGCUACCAUGUCCGGAGUGACAACCUGUCUAAGAUUUCCAGGUCAAUUGAAUGCCGAUUUGAGAAAACUCGCGGUGAACAUGGUGCCGUUUCCCCGUCUUCAUUUCUUCAUGCCAGGUUUCGCGCCCCUCACAUCCCGAGGAAGCCAACAGUACCGAGCUCUCACGGUGCCAGAGCUCACACAACAAAUGUUCGAUGCAAAGAACAUGAUGGCGGCUUGUGAUCCACGUCACGGUCGUUAUCUCACCGUGGCGGCCAUUUUCCGCGGCAGGAUGUCGAUGAAGGAGGUAGACGAGCAGAUGCUUAACAUUCAAAAUAAGAAUAGUUUGUACUUCGUCGAGUGGAUACCGAACAACGUGAAAACGGCGGUGUGCGAUAUUCCGCCACGCGGCCUCAAGAUGUCUGCUACUUUCAUCGGCAAUUCCACGGCUAUUCAAGAACUGUUCAAAAGGAUUUCCGAGCAGUUCACGGCAAUGUUCAGGAGGAAAGCUUUCCUCCAUUGGUACACUGGCGAAGGCAUGGACGAAUUGGAAUUUAACGAAGCGGAGUCAAACAUGAAUGACCUGGUAUCGGAGUAUCAGCAAUAUCAAGAAGCAUUAGUAGAAGAUUACGAAAUGGAUGAAGAAGAAUUGGAAAAAUAGAAGAAUCUAACGUAGAGGAUCGCGAGCUUGCAAAAUUUUUUGAAAAUUUUUUAAUUUAACUCCUUUGUACUU